AUGUCUCCGUCGACGGCACCGAUUUUCGUCGGUCCAAUCUUAGCGGUGGACGCCGCCGUAUCUCGCGCGAUUCACACGGCGGCGAAGCCACUCCUCCCGCCAUUUCUCCUCCUCCUCUUAGAGAUCUCCGCUGAUUUCCGAUUCUCCUUCCCCGUCUCCCUUUCCCUACUCCUCUCCCCUCCUUUACGCCCUUUCCUCAUCCCAUUUCUCCUCGGCCUCCUCCUCGAUCUAAUCUUCGUCGGAAUCGUGAAGCUAAUCUUCCGUCGAGCUCGUCCAGCAUACAAUCAUCCCUCAAUGUCCGCCGCCGUCUCCGCUGACCACUACUCGUUUCCCUCAGGCCACGCAUCUCGCGUCUUCUUCGUUGCCGCAUCAGUUCACUUCUUCUCUGCCGCCAUAGAAGCUCCCAUGGUUGAUCCGAGCUCCUCUUUCUUAGACGGUUGGGUCAGAGAUCAUCGCGAUGGCGAUGUGAAGGGAAACGUUGUGGUAGCUGUAUGGAUCUGGGCAACAGUGACCGCCAUUUCAAGGAUUCUCUUAGGGAGACACUACGUGCUCGACGUAGCUGCUGGUGCUUGCUUGGGGAUUCUAGAGGCUCUCUUUGCUCUUCGGUUUCUGAGAUUGGAACAGAUCUUUGGGAGAAGAGUCUUCUUGUUUUCUGUCAUAAAAGAAAAACCGUUGCUAAAAUCGCCAGAGUCAUAUGAUUCAUUCCGACCAAUGGCUUUGGAUAUACUUUUGCAAGUUCGGCUGCAGGUUCUCACUCGGAUCUCUGCUUCUUCAGGCUGUCUUUGGUUUGAUAGUCUCAUCAAGGUUGGUGAAAGUUAUGCCUCUGCUAGGCAUAGGCGUAGUUUCAAGUCUCAACAGGAGAUGCGUGUGAAGUCGGACCCUACUUCUGGAAUAUCUGUUUCUACAGCAUUACCUGCUGGAAACUCAGUUGGAUUAGACUGA